AUGCAUAAUCCAUGGCACCCGCCACCGAAGCCGCCUGCGUUCGGAGGCCAGACGGUAUGCCCAGAAGAACGUGCCCCCCUGCUAUCCAAGCUCACGUUCGAGUGGUUGACCCCCUUGCUUUCCGUUGGAUUCACAAGGCCGCUGCAGAAGGAGGAUUUAUGGCAGUUGCCCGAUGAUAAACUCACCGCCAACUUGUCCAAGGAGCUGGAAGUCAACUUCUAUGCCCGAUGUGCUCCCGAGAAACGUCCCCCACACAUCCGGCCUGCAAAAUCUACCACUGAUGCAAAUGACACCGGGUUGGCAAAGGAGACGUCCCUAACCGACCCUGAGAAGGAUGUGGAGAAGGGGGAGGUAAAGGAAGGCGAAGAGGAAUCCCGGGAUAAAAAGGCGACAGGCAAACGCGGUGCGAAAGGGAAGGGAAAGGAGAAGAAAUACGACCAGAGCCUCCUCAAAGCCCUCAACACGACGUUCUUCUGGCGCUUUUGGAGCGGCGGUAUCCUCAAGCUCUUCUCCGAUACCCUCAACACGACCACCCCCCUCGUCACGAAGCUCCUGCUCGCGUACCUCGCCGAUGCGUACGCCGCAUACCACAUUCCUCCCGCCGAACGCGCGGCAUACGGGCUGGACCAUGUCCGCGGGAUCGGGUACGGCAUGGGGCUCGCCGUCGCGAUUUUUGUCAUGCAGGAAGCGAGCAGUUUGAUGUCGAACCACUACUAUAUACGCACGAUGACUACUGGUGUCCUCGUCCGGACAGCGACUAUUGGCCUGAUUUUCCGCAAGUCUCUGCGCCUUUCCGGCCGCGCACGCACGCAGCACAGCGUCGGGCAGAUCACCACCAUGAUCAGCACUGACACGACGCGGCUCGACCGCGUCGGGAGCAUGGCACAUGUACUCUGGACGUCUCCUAUACAGCUCGCCAUAGGGAUCGGCUUGUUAAUUGGCACGCUCGGCUAUUCCGCCCUAGUCGGGCUGGGCGUCCUGAUCUUCAGCAUCCCCCUCAACGCCAUAUUCGUCACGAUCAUGUUCAAGCAGCGCAAGAAGGGCGUCAAGAUCACCGACAAGCGCGUGCGGCUCACUAACGAGGUCCUGCAGGGCAUCCGGCUGAUCAAGUUCUACGCGUGGGAGGCGUUCUACGCGCACCAGCUCGGCGAGCUGCGCACGGCGGAGGUCCGGACGAUCCGCAAGGUCGCGGUCGCGCGCGCGGUGAUGAUCGCGAAUAUGGUGUUCACGCCGAUCCUCGCUGCGAUCCUGUCUUUUAUCACGUACGCGUUGAGCGGACACUCGCUCAAUGUGGCGAUCAUAUUCUCCGCGCUGCAGCUGUUCAACAUCAUCCGCACGCCGCUGGCCUUCUUGCCGCUCGUGUUUGCAGGCACGGCAGACGCGGUCGUCGCGCUCGGGCGGAUCGGGACGUUCCUCACCGCCGAGGAGCUCGAGGACCCGUACGCGGUCGACGAGGGGAGCAAGGACGCUGUGCGGGUGAAGGGCAGCUUCGCGUGGGAGGUCGCGGCGUCCCUAGCGGGGAAGGAUGGGAAGUUCGGGGCCGGGUUGGGUAAGGGUAAGGGUAAGGGCGGGAAGGAGAAGAAGGAAAAGAACAAGAAAGAAAAGAAAAAGAACAAGGAGGUGUUGCCGACGACUGCUACAGGUGAGGAAGGGAAGAAUGAGGAGAAGAAGAAAGAGGACGAGAAGCCGUUCGAGCUCCGGGAUGUAGAUCUGAAGAUACCGAAGGGAAGCUUCGUGGCGAUUGUUGGCACCGUUGGGUCUGGGAAGAGUUCGCUCUUGCAGGCUAUGGUUGGUGAAAUGAGGAAAACAAAUGGAGAGGUUCUUUUCGGUGGAUCGGUGGCCUAUGUCCCGCAGACGCCUUGGAUCAUGAACGCUACCUUGAAGGAGAAUAUCCUCUUUGGACAAGAGUACGAUGAGGAGAGGUUUCGUGAGGUCGUGAAGGCAUGCUGUUUGGAGCAUGAUCUGGACCUGCUGCCGCACAGGGAGCACACUGAGAUCGGUGAGAAAGGGAUCAAUCUGAGCGGUGGACAAAAGGCUCGGGUCUCGCUUGCCCGCGCUGCUUAUGCGCAGACAGAUAUCGUACUUUUGGAUGACUCCCUCAGUGCCGUGGAUGCCUGGGUCGGGAAGUCCAUCCUCGACAACUGCCUCCUCAACGGACCUUUGGCUAACACCACGCGUGUACUUGUUACCCACGCGCUGCACGUUCUCGACAAGACCGACUACAUCUACGUCAUGGACAAUGGCGUUAUCCGAGAGCAGGGGACGUUCAAGGAUCUGAUGGCAGACGGCGACGUCUUCUCUCACCUUAUGGACGAGUACGGCAAUCAGAAUGCAGAGCAUGCUGAAGCGGCAGAAGGCGAAACGGUGAAGAAAGACAUUUACCAGAAGUCCACCGUUAAAGCCAAGAGCGACGCAUCCCAAGCGGCUCUGAUGCAGGAGGAGGAAAGGCAAACUGGCGCGGUGACACUCACCACUUAUACCAAAUACCUACGCUACGCCGGUGGCUUGAUUUGGGCCCCCUUUAUCUUAGCUAUGCUCGUGUUAAUGCAGGGCGCUUCUGUUUCGAACAACCUCUUCCUGGGUUUCUGGACGGCGCAGAGUAUACACGGGUUCACCCAAGGCUCAUACAUGGGCGUUUAUGCCGCCCUGGGAAUUGCGCAAGCGAUCUUCACGUUCGGCAUGAGUGUCUCUCUAAGUUUGGCAGCGUUGUCCGCUGGUCUGGGCAUGUUCAAAGCAGCACUCAGGGCUGUUUUGGGCUCUCCUGUCUCGUUUUUCGACACCACUCCAAUGGGAAGAAUCAUAUCCCGUUUGUCCAAAGAUCAGGACACGGUAGAUACCGAAGUAGCCAUGACCGCAACGCAGUUUUUGAUAACAUUUUCCAAUGUAAUUGGGACGGUGGUGCUUGUGUUUUACACCUUCCCAUACCUCGGCAUAAUUUUCGUACCCCUGAGUAUUCUGUACUAUAUCGCGGCGGUAUACUACCGCAGGACGUCUGUUGAAACCAAGCGGCUAGACUCACUAAUGCGAUCGGCUCUCUACGCUUCGUACAAUGAAUCGUUGACCGGCAUAUCAACGGUGCGGGCAUAUAGAGUACAGGACCGCUUCGUUAAAAGCGCAGACGACGGCCUCGACUUGGAGAAUCGAGCUUAUUACAUGACGGUGGCCAUCCAGCGGUGGCUGGGCGUCCGUCUGGACUUUUUCGGGAAUAUCUUAAUUCUGGGAAUUGGCCUCUUCGCAGCUGGAUUCAGAAACACCGUCGAUCCCUCCAAGACUGGAGUGGUAUUGUCUUAUUCCCUCGCCAUUACUCAGACGCUGUCGCAGAUGGUAUCAACCUAUGCUCAGAACGAGCAGAACAUGAACGCCGUAGAACGUAUCUUAGUUUACACUGAGCUGCCACCAGAAGGCGAGACCCAGACACCCAAUGACCCGCCUCCAACUUGGCCUGAGAAGGGGGCAGUAUCGUUCAAGAAUGUGGAGUUAUCUUAUCGACCGGGACUGCCUCUUGUGCUCAAAGAUAUCAGCUUUGACGUCGAGCCAGGAGAGAAGAUUGGGAUUGUUGGCAGAACUGGCGCAGGAAAAAGUUCGCUGCUCCAGGCUCUGUUCAGGAUGGUCGAGCUACAGGGCGGGAAAAUAGAGAUUGACGGCCGUAACAUCCGCGAGAUUGGUCUGGCUACGUUACGGUCCCGCCUUGCUCUGGUUCCGCAAGACUGCACACUGUUCUUGGGAACUUUGAGGGAGAACCUGGACCCAGAAAACACUCGUACAGAUGCGGAAUUGAUAUCUGCUCUACGGCGAGCCUGGCUUCUACCGCAAGACGGGUCAUCAGAUCCCGCUGCUGAGGCUAAGUUUAGUCUGGAUUCUCCGGUGAAUGAUGAAGGUAGCAACUUUAGUGCAGGAGAGAAACAGCUCCUGGCUCUUUGCCGGGCGCUCGUGAAGAAUAGUCGAAUCAUUGUCCUGGAUGAAGCUACAAGCAGUGUCGACGUAGAGACUGAUGCGAAGAUCCAGAGGACAAUCCAGACCGAAUUUUCAACUUCGACCCUGUUGUGCAUUGCACACCGACUGAACACAAUAGUGUAUUAUGACCGUAUUUUGGUGAUGGACUCGGGAAAGACGGCAGAAUUCGAUACCCCUCUGAAUCUAUUUGACCAAGAGCACUCUAUUUUCCGAUCGCUCUGCGACGAGGCCGGAAUAUCACGACAGGAUAUUCUUCGCAUUAGGACGGGGCUAUCGAGUUCUGUCCCCUCAAAGGCUCCAUCAGUAACAUCAUGACCAGCUCCUACUUUCACGAUUGCUUCGUAUGUAAUGGAUGAGAUCUGAGGAAGGUAGACACAUUACACUGUACUACUACUAAUGGAUUAAUAGUGCUCUUGUAACUUUGUUAGUUUCUAGAGAGGCUACUGUCGCAGUCUACCAUCCAAACAUCGAUUUCCCGUCCUUGAAUCCCCAUUUCUCCAGACUGGGUUUACCGGAUUUCUCCACUAAGCCUGGGGGACCACAGACGAAGACACAAGAGUCAUCGGAUGGCUCGAACAUUCUCUCCUUCAUGACACCUUCGUCGAACUGACCAGUACCUCCAGUCUUCUUCCAGUCUUCUUCGUCUUUCGGAUGACUGAGAAUAUGCCAGAUCUCGAAUUGUCCUUGACUGCGC